UUAGUGCAUAAACCAUUUGCUGAAAAGGCCCAUACUAAUGGAAAUAAAAAUGUGAAUUCGAUUAGCAUCAUUUGGGAAAGAAUUAAUGCUGGAAUAUCAAAUAUCAAGGCACAAAAGUUCACAGACCGACUGUUUUUAGGGCGAAGUGUUGGAGGAACGGGCAGUGGAAUAUCGCCUUCCUAAUGGCGUUCAGCUCCUGAAGUUCCACGUGCCCAAGGAGACCCAUUCCGCUCUCCGUGCUGAUGUGCCCAAGUCGAUGUCCCGCCGUGGAGAGCGAGGUCUGCAUGGAGAGGCGUCCUCGAUGGACCUGUCUUCCUUCCGCUCCGUCCUCCACGCCCGCCAGUCCCUCCAUUCCUACCCCUCCACAAUACCAACCUCCGCAGAAAGAGCCCUUGAUGAUAGAUAUGCAAGCCCCAACGAAUCACAGCUGCAUCGCCUCCAGCAGCAACCACCUCUGCGAGGCCCAAGUCUCAUGGCCAGGAUCAGUGGCUGCAGCGACCUCGCGGACACCCGGCCCUCGCAGAGCCUGCCGGGGUCGCCGAGGAAGAUCCGGGUCGCCGCGACGCUGCCGGACGUCGGCAGCAACUCGCCCGACCUGCGCUACAAGGUGCUCACGGGCCGGAGGCCGCGCCCGCCCGCCUCCACCCACUCCACGCCCCGCAAGAUGCCCGGCGGCAGGAGCGCCAACGGCCUCAACCCCGCCUCCAAGCGCGGCCUGGGCCUCAACCCCCCGAGCUUAUCGAGGUCGAGCCACGAGAAGAAGGGCGUCCCCAACAACAAGCUGACCAACGGCGCGGCCGACGGGUCCAAGCUCAAGAACGGCAACGUGUCCCUGGGCUACGAUUCGGAAAAGAGUGAGAGUGGCUUUGAGGACGGGGUCCAGUCGGACAGUGAACUGAACAUCAAAAACACAAAGAACAAACUGAACCUGCAAUUCGCUCCCGAUAAGAUAAACCGACCCAGCCACGAGAUCGAGCUGGAGAGACUGGGCAAUGAUGAGCCCAAAAUAACCCGCGAGAUAAAUGGGAAUCUCUCGAAAGACAGCGAUUCCAGUGGCAAGGACAGCCCCACUGAUAACAUGACCAGCCUGAGGGCACAAAUGCUAGACUUCAGGGAUGAAUCAGACACUUCAAAGAGUGAAGAGUCUGAAAUCAGUGUCUUAGAUCUAAAUACCUACAUUGAAACCAAAGAAAAUGGAGAUCGCCAAUUAGCUGAGGCCGUAAAGGGUUUGAUGGAGCUGACUACAAGGUCUGAUGAUGAUGAUGAUUACACAAAUGAAAGUCAGUCUACGGAGAAUCAUCUAACAGAGUCAGCAUCAUCGAGGGCUUAUGGUACCCUUAAGGCAAUCACAUAUUUUUCCAACCAACGAAGUGACGAAUCAGUCCUCUGGGGCCACAGCAACACUCAAACUUUUACCAAGUUGAUGCACCCCUCGACCAGUCUCCCAAUCCCUCAAGACACUCAUGGCCAGGUUCCCCAUCGAGCUCUUGGCGUCGCUGAACGUGACACAACAUCACUCUCCUAUAAGUACCAGAUACUGCAAAGGGAAAUGACACAAUUGCACUACGUUGAAAGCCAGACCAAAGAGACAUUCCUAAUUGCAUAUGUGCUGUAG